CGGAUUCAUUUGGAUUGUCUUCAACGAAUUCAUCCAAGAUGUUUCAACGCGAUCCCCGAGCUGGAGCUUUCCUUGGUGGAGACAGAGUAUCAGGACAGGACAUCCGGGAUCAAAAUGUACUCGCCGCACAGUCCAUCGCGAAUAUUGUGAAAAGCUCCCUAGGUCCUCUGGGUCUUGACAAGAUGCUCGUGGAUAACAUUGGGGAAGUGACGAUCUCAAACGACGGCGCCACUAUUCUCUCUCUGUUGUCCGUCGAACAUCCUGCUGGGAAGAUUUUCGUUGAUCUUGCACAGAAGCAAGACAAAGAAGUUGGCGAUGGGACAACGUCUGUGGUGAUCGUGGCAGCAGAGCUUCUCCGCCGUGCCAAUGAACUUGUCAAGGCGAAGAUACACCCAACUACGAUUAUCACUGGUUACAGGCUCGCGUGCAGAGAGGCUGUCAAGUUUAUGCAAGAUCAACUCAGCAUAAAGGUGGAUCUCCUUGGUAGAGAUGCCCUUGUCAAUACUGCGAAAACGACGAUGUCGAGCAAGAUCAUUGGAAACGAUGAUGAUUUGUUUGCACCCAUGGCUGUUGAUGCGAUGUUAGCUGUCAAGACAAUUAACUUGCGUGGAGACAUAAAAUAUCCAGUUAAAGCUGUCAACGUGCUGAAAGCACACGGGAGAAGUGCACGGGAGUCAUUAUUUGUGCAGGGAUAUGCUCUCAACUGUACAGUCGCAAGUCAAGCCAUGAAAACGCGCAUACUAGGUGCAAAAAUUGCCUGUUUAGAUAUCAAUCUUCAAAAGACGAGGAUGCAGUUGGGAGUACAGAUAUUGGUAGAUGAUCCGAAUCAACUGGAGGAGAUAAGGAAACGAGAAGCUGAGAUUACACUGGAACGCAUCCGUAAAAUUCUGGCUGCAGGGGCCAACGUUGUUCUGACUACAAAGGGUAUCGAUGAUCUAUGCCUCAAAGAAUUUGUCGAAGCUGGAGCCAUGGCCGUACGUCGUUGUCGGAAGGAAGAUCUCCGCCGUAUUGCGAAGGCAACAGGCGGAACCAUGAUUUCAAGUCUUGCCAAUCUCGAAGGAGAGGAAACAUACGAGUCGAGUUAUCUAGGUUAUGCCGACGAAGUCAUUCAAGAGCGUAUCUCGGAUGAUGAACUCAUUUUGAUCAAGGGAACAAAAGUUGUGAGCUCGGCGUCCAUUGUCCUACGAGGUGCAAACGAUUAUAUGCUGGAUGAGAUGGAACGAGCAUUGCACGAUACGUUGUCUGUGAUCAAGCGUACUUUAGAAAGUGGCGCCGUUGUCCCUGGUGGAGGGGCAGUGGAGUCUGCUUUGAGCAUUUACCUUGAAAACUUUGCUACCACAGUUGGUUCGAGAGAACAGCUGGCGAUAGCAGAGUUUGCGAGUGCACUUCUUUCCAUUCCCAAGCAACUUGCCAUCAACGCUGCAAAGGAUUCGACUGAGCUCGUUGCCAAACUCCGUUCGUAUCACAACGCUGCACAAAAUGCUCCUGCGGGAGACCCCAAAAAGGCUCUGCUCCGCUACGGUCUGGACCUCAUGAAUGGAGAUGUGCGAGACAACGUUGCAGCAGGUGUUCUGGAGCCUACUAUGAGCAAGGUCCGCAGUCUCAAAUCUGCAUACGAGGCUGCCAUAUCUUUGUUGCGGAUCGACGACGCUAUUCAAUGCAUACCAGAACCGAAACCCGAGGCUGAUCCCCAUGGCCACUGAGAGAUGAGAUAGAAAAUGAAAAUACAUGUAGAUCAGUAAUGCUAAUGUAGUACUUUGCGCCCUUCUACACUGCCUGUUAGUGUGAAAGCAAACAUGAGUGGCUGUG